ACUUGUUCUUUACAAGUUCUUAAUAUAGACUACAUGCAAUCGGAGUGCGUUGCAUUACAUUCGUCACCAUUUGUUACCAGUUACUUCGAAGUGCUUGGAGUGUUUAUUAUAUCUGGAAACAUUAAAAUAUUAAGGACAAUGGCAGAAGCACAGAUAACAAUCUCUGAAGUUGUAAAACGCGAGUUACAGGAAGCUGUCUCAAGUGGUGGUGUUGCGAAAUUGAAAGAUCUAAUCAAUAAGAAAAACAACGAAUGGAAAGAGAUUCCUCUUAAUAUUGCAGUAACAGGCGAAUCUGGAGUUGGAAAAUCAAGCUUCAUCAAUGCGAUCCGUGGUAUUACUGCAGACGAUGACGGCGGUGCUCAUGUCGAUGUUGUUGAAGCAACUAGAGAAAUAAAACCAUACAAACAUCCUAAGAAUAGCAGCAUGGUCCUCUGGGAUCUUCCCGGAGUCGGGACACCGAGAUUUCCCAGGAGCUCCUAUCUGACACAAGUGAACUUUGAGAAGUACGACUUUUUUCUUAUACUUUCAGCUGCUAGAUUUAGAGAAGAUGAUCUUUGGUUGGCUCAAGAAAUCCAGAGCCUUAAAAAGAACUUUCAUUUUGUGCGCACGCAAAUGGAUGUUGAGGUGGACAAAGAUAAGAAAGGGCAUCCAAAAACGCAUUCAAAAAGCAAUGUCAUCGAAAAAGUUAGAAUCGAUUGCCUCAAAAAUCUCAAAGAGCACAGCCUCACGAAAGCCUCUGUAUUUCUGAUCGACAACUACUCUCCUAUGGACUUUGAUUUUGAUGCAUUAACUAGAACGCUGAUCGAUGAAGCCCCUGGACACAAGAGAGAAGCAAUGAUACUUUCAAUGUCUGUGCUUACAGAUGGGGUUAUCGAAAUGAAAGUGGAAGCCCUCAAAGAGAGAAUUUUCAAGGUUUCUGUGCUCUCGGCGGUUGGUGGUGCAAUACCAAUACCUGGAGUAGGAGCUGCUCUUGAUAUAGCACUUCUGGCUGGGGAGGUGUCUUUCUAUAAAAAUCAGCUUGGACUUGACGCUGAGACAAUUGAAGAACACGCAAGAUAUCUAAACACGGAGUCUAGGGAGUUACAGAAAAAGUUAGGCCUGCAAAGUUUUGGGCUGGCUACGACUGCUAAAGGUAUUGCACAAAGCGUUUCAAGUAUAGCAGCUUCUGAGGCGCUUGAAAGUACCCUGCCCUUGGCAAUCCCGAUUAUAGGCAGUAUUGUAUCAGCGGGAAUUUCAUACGGUGUAUCCGUUGCGAGUCUUAAGUAUUUUCUUGGUAUCUUGUCAGAGGAUGCCAGAAAAAUAAACGCAGAAUUGCUGAAAAAAUCCUUGCAAUAAAUAGAAUGAAAAGGACACAAUACUAGCAGAAUGAAAUGUUGUAUAGUUUCAAAAUGGAAGAAAUAUCCGAUAAAUAUUUUCGGUCCUUACAAAGGCAAAAGUUAUUUACCUUCUGUUAAAGGGAAUACUUGACAUUAACCAAGAGAAUUUUUUGUGCAGUGCAUAGCAUGUAACAGACUCAAUCAAACCGAGUCUGCAAUUUUCACUGUUUGCAUUGUUUUCGGUGCUUCCGAGGGAUCUACUUUCCAGAUUUUAUUUACUUCACAACAGCGGGUGUUAAGUGCUGUUUGGCGGCCGUAAAAAGUCGCCCCGACUUCAUCUCAGUGUUGUUAUAUUUUCUGGUCCUUCGGGAUCAUUGAUUUCAACUCAUUUAGAUUUGAAGAUUGAAUACUGCUUAAGCCGGUGCUAGGGGGCGUGGGCAGUGUUGCAUUUUCCAUUACUGCUCAUGAACAGACUCAAUCAAACCGAGUCUGCAACUUUCACUGUUUGCAUUGUUUUCGGUGCUUCCGAGGGAUCUACUUUCCAGAUUUUAUUAGAUUAUAUCGUUUUCAAAUUUUAUUAAAUCUGUAUGAAUUAUGUAGAAUCUAAUGUUUUACUUGAAAAUAUGUUAAAGACACAACUAGAUUUGUAGUAAAAUAAAAUGAAACAAAGGACGUUUUUAAAAAAA